AUGGCUCAACUGUCUCUGCUGCUGGCGGCGGCGUUCUUGGGCGUGGUAGCUCAGGCCCAGCUGCACCCGGGUGACUGGCCUCAGUUUGGGCGCACACCAGAAUACCAAAGCUUCAACAAUGUCUCCAAUGAAGGCACGUUGGCAGAAUGGAGCUUCAACGCCCACGAUCGCGUGGUCGCAUCCCCAGCCGUGGCGGGUGGUCGUGUCUGGGUAGGCAGCGACAAUGGCAACAUGUACUGCUUUGAACAAGCCACUGGUGAUCUCCUCUGGGUCUACAAGACGGAUGGUGCCGUGCGCUCCUCGCCCGCCGUGUUCGAUGACAUGUCUGUUGUCUUUGGCAGUUACGAUCACUACGUGUACAUGCUCAGUGCCAACGGCUCCCUCAUCUGGCGCGUCCCGACCAAGGACCAGAUCUAUGCGCCCCCCACCAUCACGGACCAAGGCACUGUGCUGAUUGGCAGUCAUGAUAGCAUUCUGUACCAUAUUGCUCGCAAUGGCACGCUGCUGUGGACGUUUAUGUCCGGCGCCCAAAUCGGCUCAGGCCCAGCCAUCGGUUCGGCCUGGCCCGACCGCACCAUCUUCCACAGCUUUGACAACUACACGUAUGCCAUCAAGCUGAGCGAUGGCAGCAUGAUUUGGCGCACCUUGACACCAGGCGGCGGAGAUAACUCGGCCACCAUCGUGGGCAAUGACAUGUUCAUUGGUACCUGGGGCAUGAUUUUGUACAAGAUGGACGUGGAGACGGGCAAGAUUAUCUGGACCUACAACACGGAAGGCGAGAUUGAGUCACAUACGGCCUAUCAUGAUGACAUUGUUUACGUGUCGGCAGAAGAAUCGCAAGUCGUCAUUGCCCUCAACGCGACCACGGGCACCAAAAUCUGGGAUUAUCAUGCCUCGCAGGAGUUUAACGGUAGCCCAUCGCUGUCACGGGACCUGGUCUACAUUGGCUCCAACGACCACAACAUGCACGUUCUUGACCGACUUACAGGCGAGCUCAAGUUCAAGUUUGCGACUUGCGCCAAUGUUUUUGCCAGUGCUGCCAUCUCCGACUCAGGCAUGGUCUAUUUCGCCUGCAAUACAGCCACUCUCGAUGCCCCUGUCGCAGGCGAUCAAGAUGAAAACCUUGGCAUCCUUUACGCCAUCAACCCAGCCAAGCACAUGACCGCCUAA